UAUAGCAUGCAGUCGCAUCGACAUAAACAGCUGGCCGGCCGUUCGUUUUCAAACAGUAUUGAUUGUCAGGCCAAAUCUUCAGAAAAUGCCUUCGUAUUUCACGGGUAAAAGGGAACGUUUACGUGGAAAUGCCGCAAUUUGUUAGUGGAAAUAGGACUAAUAGUACAAAGGAUACAAUAUGUUUAUAUGAAUCAGAAUACAGUUACUUUUCAGCGCUUUUUAAUUUGUUUUCAUUUUAUGUGGCGGGCGAGUCUUCGAUUCGAAUUAUAAAUAAAAUCAUCAAUCAUGAUCCGGCAUAUCACAAGAAAAUUAUUUUCACCCAAGUAUCUGGUUUGGACGAAUAUAGCAUCAGGAGGAAUCAUCUUAACUUGUGGAGAUGCCGUUGAACAGUACAGAGAGAUUCUAAAGAAAAGAAAACAAAAUAAAAUACAGCAAUGGAGCUUUAAAAGAUCAGGUUGCAUGUUUGCCAUCGGGAUUGCCCUAGGUCCAUUCAACCAUUACUGGUACGUGUACCUCGACCGUUUCUUUCCAGGCGUUGCAGCAUCCACCGUAGCAACAAAGAUUGUUCUUGAUGAAAUCAUUGCAUCUCCAGUACUCACCAUCUCAUUCUUAGUUGGCCUUGGUCUAUUAGAAGGGAAACCUUUGACAGAAUGUAAUACAAUGGUUAAAGAAAAAUUUCCCACAAUUUGGUUGCUUGAUUUGUGUGUCUGGCCUACUAUACAAUGGAUCAACUUCUAUUAUCUACCUCUCCGCGCUCGAGUCAUCUACGUCAACUCAGUUACCUUCCUCUGGGACAUGUUUCUCUCCUAUAUGGUUCAUGAUCACAAGACUGGAGAUACACCCGAAGGAAGUACAUGUAUACCAGAAAAAACGCAUAAUAAAUGUGCCUAACCUUAUGCUGCCUAAAAGUUGUGUUUACAUGUUUUGUUAUUUAAGGUUUUAUGUACAUCUAAUCCUUCAUCGCCUGAGAGCUGUUUUGCGAUCAAAUUGUAAGUUUGUUGGUUAAUAUGCAGUAUAUUGUUCUCUUUUACUCCUUGUGCAAUGUGAUAGAUUUCAAAAUGUUUUAUUUGCAAGACCAGCCUGAAUGUUCUAUUGGUUUUAUUACUUCAAAAAGCCUGUUGGACCCUUAUAGGGGAGUUGGACAGUAUCCUGGAAGUAAGAGUAAAUUUAAAUACCCUAGCCAAAAACUAUUGAGGCGAAUCUGAAUUGUAUUCUAAAUGCACUCUCAAUGCUAGUGAUAUAACCUUGCUUGCAUAGGAAAAUAUACAGAGAAAGAAUGAGGAUUAAACCUAAUAUAUAGACUAUAAAUCCGCUUAAGCAAAUAAGUUUGAGGCGACUUUUGAAUGCAGAGCGUGUAGAUGCCUCCUUUAUGGAAGAAGAGAUCGUAUUCCAUAGUUUAGGGGCAGGAUAACGAAAUGAGCUCUCCCCGUAGAACUUGGUCUGAACAAAUGGACACUUAUAAACUUAUUAAAGCAGAUAUCUCCAUGAAGAUCUUAGAUUGCGUGAAGGGACAGAUCUUAUUAAUUUCUCACUGAUAUAUUCAGGGGCCAAGGAAUUAAGACAUUGAUAGCUAAAGACAUCAUGUCGCUGUUUGGAAUUUCAA